AUCAGGUUCACUUUGAGCUCUCUCAUCCCUCCUGCACAUCACAUUCCUCUUUCUGCUUUCUCGUAUCUUGUCCAGGUAAGUUUCAUAUAUACUCUGUUAAACUGCAGGAUUUAGACUAGUAGCCUAAGGUACAACAGCAAAAGCUGAUAUGAGGAAGGCCGAACUUGAUGGCCACAUGUCUCUUUUCAGCCUAUGUAACUAUGUAUUUUAUGGAGUAAAACACAAUGUCUCAAUCCAUGCCAGGUCCGUGAAAGCUCUCCGGGUCUCUCACAAACUGUUUCUUUUCCUAAAUUUAUUCACUAAAUUCCACAUUUUAUGGAAAUAAAUUUCAAUGACAAAAUUGUGGCUAAAAUUGCAACGUUGUCACUAUAGAAGUGUCUGAGAAUGUUUCCAAAUAAUCUCAUUUUACACUCAGUUUUGAUAUUCGUUUUGAAUUUGCUAAUAUCACUACAUUCAGAAUUUAGUAAAUAACUUUGCACGUAGAUUUUGAUGAACUUACGGUAAUUGUUUUAAUAAAAUGGUUGUUCUCAGAGAUCAUUGCUGUAAAAUAUUGUUGGUGUAACUUGGUUACAGAAAAGCAAAUAGCGUUUUUUUUUACGACAAAUCAUUGAUUUCAAACUGAUUUAUUAGAAUUAAAUUGGUUUUUAAUAAUGGUAUAUGUUUGGGAAAAAAGAAGAUAAGUACUAAGUGAAACCUAGGUGGACGAUUUGGGGUAGAAUCAAAUGUCACAGCAAUGUAUUCUUCAGUAAAUCCAUUUAAUUUAGUUCAGGCUUCUCAGAAUCCAGCCCCUCAGAUACGUAUAAUUCUCUGCCAUUUAUUGCAAUUGAAGAAUUCUGGGAGUUGUAUGUGCAGAUAUGUGUGAUAUCCCUGCAUUAGCGAACUCGUGUGAUGUAGUUGAUACAUAACAUUCUAUGGGGUUUAUUAUUAAGGAUACAUUUUAAUGGGUAGAUUUUAACCAUUUCAUUACUGAAUUGUGAAGUACUUAUGAAGCAACAAAAAUACAUAGUGGAUUAUAUACUAAUGUGUGAAUUGUCAUAAACUCAAAGUCAAUUUCAAAUUUUAGGACAAAAUAUUUUAACAGUGAGGUGUAGUGAUGUCCCGAACUGUUCGGCGAACCGUUCGGGACAUCACUAGUGAGGUGUAAUAAAUGGUCAGGUUCAUUAGAUCAAAUAAACAACACAAAAUACAACGUUUUGGCCUCAAAGCCUCAAUCAUGUCAUGACUGGUUGAAACGUUGAAUCCCACUGCAAAGCCGAUGGAUUUUGGGUCUUGAGUGAUAAUGAGUCGGUAAGGGGACUAUCGAUACACGUAUUCUUAUUACAAAUGAAAGGACAUUUUGCUGUAAAUAUAUUUUUUAAAACUGAGAUACCAUUUAAAAAUAUUAUUAGCACAACAAAUGGACUAUUUGUAUGCAUGAUUGGCUAAUGCAGCUUUUUAUUAUUUUUACAUCAGACCUGCUCUAAAGGCGCACUUUGCCCAAUUCUUUUAACUAAGUACAGCAGAAAUAUUUCCUUCCCAUUUACCAUUUACUUCAUAUGUUCUUGGUGCCCCUUUCAUAAUUUCGAGGGGUCAUUUUAAUUGUUGCUUGUAGUCAGUGUCACAAAGUAGGCCGAAUGCCCUGAUGCCCUGAGUCCAUGGAUGCCCACAAAGCAUCAUAUUUUUUAAUACUUUGUGGUUUUUCUCACAGACGUGUUAGAUCGACCCACCUUAAAAUGCUGCUGCACAUGACACGUUACCAUGUUCAAGUAAACAGAAUGCUCCAUGGCAUAGCAUUACAUUUUAAAUGAUAUUUCAGAUUUGAAGUGGGGUGUGCAUUUUAUUUUAUUAAUAGGUAAACAUGUAUUCCAACGUAUGUUCCACAGAACAACAUUAAAGGAAAUACCUGUUAUUGUAUUAUUCAUAAUGCUGAGAGGUUUUAAACACUCUUUUUUGGUGGGGGUGCCAUUUACAGUUAUAAAAGAGGUUACUUAUCUGUAAUCCAGAGUCGAGAGGGUCUUCUCCACCCCUGGGAGAUUUUACUAAUAUUGAGAGUUAGGGUGCAUGCACAGCCAUCGCCAAUCUACACUGAAACCAAUACUUCUCUUGGAAGAAUACUAAUGAGGAAAGGAACCCUCUCGGGUGUCUGAUUGAUAGCCAGAAGAUGUAAGGAAAAAGUGUUAUAAAAAUGAAUUUCUUUUGAAAUCCACCUAUUUAUUUGCUAAAUUUCCUUAAUCUGAUUUUCUUUUGAAAUUGACAUUUAAAGAUAAUAUGGCUGCAAGGACAUGCUCUUAAUCCCUAAAUAACUUCACCAAGGGAUGUGUAUAUCAUUAUGUCGUUGGGGAAGCAAUAGAUGCAAGGUCUGUAAAUAAACAAGGAUAUAUCCAGCGUGGUGGAUAAUUAAUUGAGGAAGAGCCAGUAGGUGUACGGGGACAUCUGCAGCUUUUAACAAUAAUCAUCCAUGUUUGGGAAGGAGCAAUUAAUGUGGCAGAAGGUUUCUGGAAACGUGCUUAGGUAAGAUGGUUUGAUGAUGGUCCGGUUGUGUAUAAUAUAGCAAUUCAUCCAUCCUGGGCACCACUGGUACAUUCAGAUCUCCGUUAAUCUGGAAAAUCCAUACUGGAAACCAUUUUUUAUGAUUUCAUAGUAUAACAUGCAGUUUAUUAAGCAAUUGUUGGUGUAACUUGGUUACAGAAAAGCAAACAGCGGUUUAUUUACGACAAAUCAUUGAUUUCAAACUGAUUUAUUUUCUUUGUGUGCCCACAGCUCCAUUUUAUAAUCUCACAAUGGCCUUGUGGAUUCAGUGUCUCCCUCUGGCAAUCCUGCUCAGUGUGUUGGUACCAAACACCAAUGCUUUUGCCACUCAGCACCUGUGUGGAUCCCAUCUUGUAGAUGCCCUGUACAUGGUAUGUGGGGAGAAAGGUUUCUUCUACUAUCCAAAGAGCAGACGAGACCUUGAGGAACCCUCGGGUAAGGACUGGAAACAUUUGCUCGAGUUGUUUGAGCUAGAAUAGGCAGCAACACACAAGACUAUGUGAUACAGUUUUCAGAAGUACUUAUGGCCUCUCAUGGCAUGGUCUCUAGUACUGGUGGGUUAGUUUAUUAUAAUAACAUCUAUAAAUUAGCUAAAUUAAUAUUCUUGUAGUCCACAAGUGACCUGCAGACCUGUACACAUGGAGAGCCCAGGACACAUGCAUAUAAUAUACUGUAUCACCUGCAGAGAUCUCAGUUUUAAUUUACAUUGUAAGAAAGAAAGAGGUUUUGGCAGUACACUCACGUUUAGACAUUUUAAAGAGCUCAUGUUAUGUUUCAGAUCCCUCAGAGGUUUAAUGAUUUUGACCACUCUACUUGUGUUCAAUCAGCGAUACUCUUCAAAUCUUUUCAGUUAUAGGUCACUGAAGAUGUACAAUCAUUAUAGUCUGGACCUUUAUUUUAAAGCAUUAAAUAAGGCGUUAUACCAAGUUAAACUGAAGAUUGCAUAAAUCCUUACAGCUUAGCACUAGAGGAACAAUAGCUGUUAUCUCAAGCCUUGGUGGAAACCUGGACAUUAAAAUAUAUUUCUUCAAUAUACUUUUGCAGUGAAUGGACUCCAGGACAACAAUCUGGACGGGUUGAAGGAGUUCCAGAAGAGAGGCAUCGUAGAACAGUGCUGCCAAAGCACCUGCUCUCUGUACACUCUGGAGAGCUACUGUAACCAAUAAGACCAUGCGAGAUCCCAGGACACUUUCAUAACGCACCUCGCUCGCAAAUAGAAAAUGUGAAAAUAGCAUGAUGGCAGGACAUGGCUUACCUAAGGACACUCCAAUUAAAUAAAAUAUAAGCACACUUGUCUAUAUAUAUGUCAGUGUGUGAACUAUCCACCUUCCUCAUUCUAAUACUUAAAUGAAACAGCUAUAAGCCACAUGUAUACACAGUGGAAUGACUCGAUUUCAGCGAAUGAUGUCAAUAUGUCCCGAGACGGGCUUUGCUUCUUGUCGUAUUUCAUUUUCUUAAACUGUGUUACCCAUAGGGGAUUGCGCCUUUAUAGAGAUACAGCAGAUUGAUAUCUCUUUAAUUGUUUCACAGUUAGGUAAUGUUAACUCAGAGAUGUUACUGAAUGCAUUACAGGUGACUGAGAAUUUUAAAAAAACGUUCUCUGCUUUUUUUUUGUUAAAAAGAAAAAUGAUAGAGUGGGUUCAUGUGAGGGUAUCAGAUCAAAACUCCUGGGACUAUUUCUAAAGAAAGAGGUGCCAAUGAAAAUACACAGUGAAAGGGUGCAUUGUGAGAAGUGUUUGUUAUUUGAAUCCUAUUAUUCUAAAGACAGAGGAGGGAGAAAUGGCCAUGAUGUUAUGAAACGCUUUCUUUUGCAAUGUUAGUGUCCUGUACCAAUGCAUACACUCUGGUCAAUCUGAAUGCAAAUAAAUUCAUGCUAAAGAAAAAAAAAACACUUCUGUUAUUAUUGAACUGAGCUACUGUGUGUGUAAUGUUUUGACGUAGAAAUACAUUAUUGCAAG